CCUCCGCUCGGGCCUUGCGAGCUCGGGCCCGGCCGCGCCUGCGGGAGCGGCGAUGGAGGCGGCGGGCGGCGGCGGAGCGGCGGGCGGCAUCGCCCUGCACGACUUCAGCGGGCAGCUGGGCGAGCAGCGGGUGCACUUCCACGCCAUGCGGCUGCGGGACUCGCUCUUCCUCUGGGUGGGCGCCGCGCCCGCCCUCGCCAGCCUGGCCGUGGCCAUGUGCAGCCCCCGUGACAGCAUCCCGGUGGCCGCCUCGCUCCUGGGGGACCCCUCGGACACCGCCUCCUCCUGCCUGGCGCAGCGCUUGGCCAGCAAGACCAAAAAGCAGAUAUUUGUCAGCUACAACCUUCAAAACACAGACAGCAAUUUCACCUUACUCAUAGAAAACAGGAUCAAAGAAGAAAUGACAGCUUUUCCAGAGAAGUUCUGAUUGUGCACCGUUGUAAAAGAAGAUGGUUUUGUUUCAGAAAAACUGAUUGCAAUUUUCACACUGACAUUAAGUUAGUAUGUUUCUUUUGUGUUAUUUUGAUUGAAUUUGUGGUUGCUAUUAAAUAGAGAUACACUUGACUUGGAUUUCCUUUUUCUCAAAUAGAAUUUGAAUUUUCAAAGCUUUUUUUUUUUUUUUUUUUUUUUUUUUUUUUUUUUUUUUUUUUUUGCUACCCUGCCAAGUAGGAUAGCAAAUGGAUGCUGAAAUGGAUGAACAUCAUUGAAAAAGUGCAUGUGGUGUCUAGCCUCCACACAGUACUGGGAUCUGAGGGCAAAUCCAUUCCAAAUGCUAUCUGUACAAUUAAUCUGCUGUGUAGUAGCACUGAACUUAGUAUAGCAGAUUUUAGCGUUCAAAUAAAGAAACCCCCACAUUUUUGUAUGGUAAA